AUGGCUUGCAACAUAACAGUAUUAAUAUCUGGUUCUGGUACUAAUUUACAAGCAUUAAUAGAUGCUCAAUCUCAAGGAAAAUUAAAUGGUAAUAUAACUCAAGUUAUAUCUUCAUCAGAUACAGCUUAUGGAUUAAAAAGAGCUUCACAAAAUCAAAUACCUACAAAAACUCAUCUUUUAAAAAAUUAUUAUAAAGGAACAACAAAAGAUCAAAUUGAAAUAAGGAAAGAAAAAAGAGAACAAUUUAAUAGAGAUUUGGCAAAUUUAAUAAUAAAUGGAUCAAUUGAUUCAAAACUAGAAAAAAAUAAUUAUAUACCACCAAAAUUAAUAGUAUGUGCAGGUUGGAUGUUAAUUUUAUCACCAACUAUUUUAGAACCAUUAGAAAAAGCUGGAAUAACAAUAAUAAAUUUACAUCCUGCAUUACCUGGAGCAUUUGAAGGAACUCAUGCUAUAGAUCGUUGUUGGAAAGCUGGUCAAGAUGGUGAAAUUAAACAGGGAGGAGUAAUGAUACAUAAAGUAAUAACUGAAGUUGAUAAAGGUGAACCUAUUUUAGUUAAAGAAUUAGAUUUAAUAAAAGGUGAAUCAUUAGAACAAUAUGAAGAAAGAGUACAUCAAAUUGAACAUAUUGCAAUUGUUGAAGGUACAAAUAAAAUUAUUAAUGAAUUAUCUAAUAAUUUGUAA